AUGUCCACAAUAUCCGAAAGACUCACUUCAAUUUCUACUAUUCCUUCCCAAAAAGAUAAAACAGCAGAAUAUCGAUCUUUACUUGAUUCUAUUCUUUCUUCAGCUGAUGAUGACAAAGAUUUUAAAACUAAUCUAGAAACUUUUGUUGAUCACAUAGUACAUGAACAAGUCGGACAUGUUAUUUCUCGUCAAGUACUAAGUGACUUCACACUAGGUGUAGACAAAAUCGCUGAUCGUGAGCUUAAAAAACAGAUUUUGCACUUUGUUUUAAACAAAGUUCAACCAAGACUUGUUAGUUUUGAAGAACAAAUUUCAAUUCUUCGUGAAAAACUAGCUGGAAUAUAUGAAACAGAAGAAGACUGGAUUGAAUCAGCAAAAGUAUUACAAGGCAUUCCAUUAGACUCGGGCCAUAGAGCUGUUUCAGAUGAAUACAAAUUAAAAAUCUAUAUUAAAAUUAUCCAACUACUUUUGGAAGAAGAUGAAGCUGUGCCAGCAGAAACAUAUCUUAGUCGAGCUGCUUUAUUGAUUCCUGGAUGUAAGGAUCAAGUAAAAAAUUUAACAUUUAAAUUAUCACAAGCUAAAAUCCUUGAUUUCAAAAGGAAGUUUCUUGAAGCUAGUUCCAAAUAUCAUGAAUUAAGUUAUGUUUCAGAGUUAGCACCUGAUGACCGUACAAAUUGUUUAAACGCUGCUAUCACCUGCGCAGUCCUUGCAGGUGCAGGCCCUCAACGUUCACGUUAA